AGAAGAAGAAGUGGCGGCCUAGCAGCAGCAGCGGUUAGUUCCUAACGGCUGCUGUCACCACAACAACGCAACAACGUAGCUUCAUUAAUUCCUCACCCCGGUUUUCUUAUGACAUCCUUCAGACCCGGAGAACACUUCCCAUUAUGUUUGAGGAUCCUGAUCUUCAAGAUCCGUUGUCACUGAGUUUAAAUGAAAACUAUAAUGGCCAGAAUUUGCCACAACAUGAUACAAAUGCUUGCGAGACACCAGAGAUUCGAGUCAUCAUCAAAGAGGAAGAGGAAGGGUGGACUGUGAGUGAAAAUCAUGAGGGCUUCAGAUCAGCGGGAGAAAAAGAAGAAACAUCCACACACUCAUGUCCUCCUGACGUUAAAGCAUGCGGGACGGAGAGCUCUGGAUGCUCCUCCACCAGAGAGGAGCGGCCGACACACAUGCUCACCGACUCGGAAGAAAAACCUAGGAUUUCCUGCAUACAAGGAAAAUCAGAUGGAAAUGUGACUGUGCAUCAGGGCAAUAACACUGAAGAGAAACCCUUCUGCUGUGAGACGAACCCCGGACACAAAAGAAACUUGAAAUCCCGUCAGAGACAAAAUGCCGGGGAGGAGACUCAAGAGCAGAGCCUGCAUGUAAAACAAAGCACUUCAACAACAGAAGAAGCAGAGACCAAAAGAUCAGCACCUUGCCAAACAGAUUCUGCUGAGCGUAGCCCCCUGAAGUCACAGGGACUGAAGAUGGCGUCUCCAAACUUAGAGGACCAAACGCUGCAUCUGACCGUCAGGCUGCAGGCGGAGGAGGAGGAGGAGGUGGAGGAGGAAGAGGAGGAGGAGGAGGAGGAUGGGGAAAAAAAAGAAGAUGAAGAAAUCGGGGGUCUAAUCAACUCUGAUGGAGAAGUGGUGGAUUGGGAUGCCAAAGACAGUCCUGACCGGGGCUCUGAUUGCAGAAAAAGUCCUCAAGCUAGCAAGGGUGUCGUCCCGUCCAAGUCUCACCUGCAAGGCCUAACCCAGAGAGGCAGCAGUAGUUCAACGCUCAUCAUGGAGGUUGUGACUGUGGGGGAAGAAGGGGAGGAAAGAGAGAGAGUAGUAAAGAUGGCAGCUGUCUCGCCCUUAUAUUGUGGGACGAGACACAGAAGAAAGAAGAAUGUUCCAGAAAUAACGGGGGUGUCAUUGGACGACACAGAGAAAGAAGUUCCUCUCAAUCCUGUAAAAAGAAGGGGCAGAAGAAAGGUUUCACAAACUCCUCCACUGAGUGCCGAGGACCCAGAGGCAGAGCCAGGAAUAUCAAGGCGUACCCGAAGAAAGAGAAAUGUCCCUACCUACGUGGAAACAGAAGAAUUUACCUCCAAAGUUGCCCGUCGGGUUGCUGCAAAGCGACCUUACAGAAGGAGGAAAGAUACCAAACUAUCUCCUGAAGGGGAAGGAAGAAAUGCUGGUGUUUCUGCUGGAAAGAAGCGCCCCGGCAGAAAGAUGGUUCGUGUUCCCAUAGAAAUCCCUCCUGAGCUCCUGAAGAAGCCCAAAGAGAAGAUGGAGUACCACUGCUCAGUGUGCAGCAAAGAGUUCCCUCAUGCCUACAAACUGGAGAGGCACGAGCUGAUCCACACCGGAGAGAAACCGUACAGCUGCUCCAUCUGUGGGCGGGGCUUCAACCAGAAGGGAAACCUCAAAACACACUGCAAGGUCCACUUAGGUCUUAAGGGCUCUUCGGAUCUUGACGAGGAGGUGAAUCCGAUAGAAUCUGAACUCUCUGAAUACUUAAAGUCUCUUCCGGGCGAGUCCAGGAUCAGAUCGUCGCUGCGCUGCCUGGACUGUGGAACAGGGUGUGAGAGUCAUUCAGCUCUACAAGCACAUCACGUUACUUCGCACACAGAAACAGAAACAGCCGAGGAACCAGACGCAGUCGACCACAGCCCAUCGCCGCUUCUCUUCUGCCGCCGCUGUGGCGUUCAGUUCAGUGAGAAAGAAAAGCUGGAAGAGCAUAUGAAAACCCACAUCAAGGCCAAGCCCUACUCCUGUCCCGACUGCGGAAAGAAGUUCAUCAACGAGAGCUACAUCCAAAUUCACCAACGCAUCCACACUGGGGAGAAACCGUUCCUCUGCUCCGACUGCGGCAGAGGUUUCCACACCGCUUCCUCUCUCAAGCUUCACGAGAUGCAGCACUCUGGAGAGAGGCCGUACGCAUGUUCCAUCUGCGGGAAGACGUUUCGGAUAAACUCGUACUUAACGGCACAUUACCAGACCCACAUUAGAGACAGGCCGUUCAUUUGCAGUGUCUGCGGGAAAGGCUACUCGAGAGCGGAGGAACUGAAGGUGCACCACCGGCUGCACACCGGGGAGAGACCCUACGAGUGUGGGGAGUGUGGGAAGAGCUUCAUUUACCGCCAGGGUCUGCGACAGCACCAGCGCACGCAUGCUGGGAAACGCAUCGGACCAACCAGGCAGCUGGGCAGACCCAAACAACUGGCCAGCAUGGACAUCUAACAGUUGAUCUAUUGAUGUUAGCUGUUUGAAGAUAUUACAGUUAAUCAAGCGCUUAUUUCCUGUUCUUCUUCCUUCCAUUCCUCCACUCCCUCCACUCUUAAACAGCAGAGACAGCAGAGUGGUGCAGGGAUGACGUAUUUACCCGGAAGUAAGCUGCGCAUGGGUUCCCUCGACAAAAAAGCAACAGGAUUUCUCCAUAGGAUUUGGGGAAAUAGCUCAAAAUAGGGUCUGUGGAAAACGAACCUGUUUGAUAAAUGCACGUUCUGUUCGGCCGGAUAAUCUCCACAUGUCUACCCUACUUUUAUAAUUUUCUAAUCAUAAAUCGAAUCGCCAGAACAAAAAUGCCAACGUUAUGCUAUAAACGAACUACAGCCGAGUACAGCAGGGUCGCACAACUUCAACGGCACGCCAACUUAAGAUCCAUAUUCAAAACUACAGAUUCUAAAUGGUACAAGUUGAAGCGUUUGUUUUCACAGUUAGCAGGAGGCAGGUACUUGCUUUCAAGCAGAACACGGCAAAAAAACUUAGAGGAGUGUUUAGGUGUUCGGUGUAAUGACGUACAACGUCCUCGACAACUUCUGUAGUCCUAUUCAGCCACUUGUUAACAACCAUCGUUUUUCAGACACGUAAACUCUUCAGAAAUCACCAGUGGGGUCACUGCUGAUGUUUUUAAUGUCGUAGAACAAAACGUGAUCCGUCUCUUCUAUUUGUGUCAAACACAGACCUUAUUUCCAGAUAUUUUCCAAAAUCCUAUGGAGAAAUCCCAUUGGCUCUGAGACGAGGGAACCGGUAGUGGUAAAAUGCUAACUCAUUCAGGGUUAUAGGACUCGUCACCACUCUAUUACUGUGUUGGAAGAUAUUCGCUACAGAGUCUGUGUGGGUUGCCAAGAAUAUUUUUAAAGAUUUAUUGUGUUGUCUUUCUCGUAUCAUGUUUUGUACCCAUGCUCUUAUGUUUACUCUUCUCUAGUAGCCCAUCUGUGCAAUUUGAGUGCCUUUGUAUCCUGCAUGCCAAAUACUAAUACUUCAUGUUAAAAGAAUUAUGCACAAUAUCCUUGUUAUUUUAAGAACCAUGUCAAAUGAAUACAGAUUUUUUUCAGAAA